ACAAAUCUGAUUUGUAUUGUCUGGUGUUAGUGAAUAGAGAUAAUUGUUUCAGAUCUAUCGGUCGAUCGAAUAUUGUAGCAGAGGAGACGGAAGAAAAUGGCUGGAAGCCCAGAUCACUUGUUCAAUUUGAGGAACAAUUUCUAUUUGGGUUCGUACCAGGCUGCCAUCAACAACAGCGAUCUGCCCAAUCUCUCCCCCGACGACGCCGUCGAGCGCGACUGUCUUGUCUAUCGCUCUUAUAUCGCCCUCGGCAGCUACCAACUGGUGAUCAAUGAGAUCGAUUCCUCUGCUGCCACUCCUCUACAAGCCGUUAAAUUGCUCGCUCUCUAUCUCUCCAACCCUCAUGAUAAGGAAUCGACGAUUUCUAGCUUGAAGGAAUGGUUGGCAGAUCCAGCUAUUGGGAACAAUCACAUCUUAAGGUUGAUUGCUGGAAUCAUUUUCACGCACGAAGAAGAUUAUAACGAGGCUCUUAAACACACCAAUGCUGGUGGCACCAUGGAACUGCAUGCACUGAAUGUGCAAAUAUUUAUUAAGAUGCACCGGUCGGACUAUGCAGAGAGACAGCUGAGGGUCAUGCAGCAGAUUGAUGAGGAUCAUACAUUGACACAACUAGCAAAUGCAUGGUUGAACCUGGCAGUGGGUGGUUCCAAGAUACAGGAAGCCUACCUGAUCUUCCAAGAUUUCUCUGAGAAAUAUCCUAUGACUGGACUAAUCCUCAAUGGGAAGGCUGUCUGCUGUAUGCAUAUGGGGAACUUUGAUGAAGCUGAAACACUUUUGCUUGAAGCACUUAAUAAGGAUGCAAAGGAUCCUGAAACUCUUGCCAACCUGGUUGUAUGCAGUCUUCACCUUGGUAAAUCAUCUUCACGUUACCUGAGCCAAUUGAAACUCACACAUCCAGAGCACAUUCUUGUGAAGCGUGCAUCAUCAGCAGAAGACAGCUUUGAAAGAGCAGUGCAGUCGGUUGCUUGAAGAUGUGGAGUCUGUUGCGUGGCCGCAGUUGUUAUGAUUAUCUUCUGGGUUUUGUAACUUACCAGAAUGAAUACAUACAUAUAUAUGAACCUGCUGUUGAAGAAAGGUGUAGACUAGAUUGGUAUUGUUUGGUUUAUUAUUGGUUGGCUGGAUAAGGCAAAAAAGUACAUGCUAAAUAAAUGUUUCUAUUUCCUUUCC